UGUGGACGCCCCCCCGCUUGUGUGAGAGAGUGGUUCGGUCCGGUGGUCUCUCGGUCCUGCGGUCCAAACGCAGCUCUGGGAGGGAGGGUGAACAUGGCGUCGGAGCAGGAAAGCUCGAAUGGGCCAGUGAAGAAGUCAAUGCGGGAGAAGGCCAUUGAUAGAAGGACGGCUAAUAAAGAACACAACAGUAACUUUAAGGCUGGAUAUGUUCCCAUAGAAGAGGAGAGACUGCACAAGACAGGACUGAGGGGUCGAAAGGGCAAUAUUGCUGUGUGUGUUAUUGUCCUGCUCUUCCUGCUCGCUCUCAUCAACCUCAUUAUAACUCUGGUGAUAUGGACAGUAAUUCGAAUAGGUCCCAGUGGCUGCGACAGCAUGGAGUUUCAUGAGAGUGGGCUGCUCCGUUUUAAGCAAAAGGCAGAUAUGGGGGUGGUCCACCCACUACACAAGAGCACUGUGGGAGGGAGGAAGGACCAGGACCUUGUCAUAACUGGCAACAACAACCCAGUAGUGUUCCAGCAGGGCAACACAAAGCUCAGUGUUGAGAAAGAUAAGACAUCCAUCACCAGUGACUUAGGUGUUUCAUUCACGGACCCACGCACCCAAACUACAUUCUUUAGCACAGACUUUGACAACCACGAGUUCCACCUGCCCAAACAGGUCAAGGUCCUCAAUGUAAAGAAAGCCUCCACAGAACGGAUCACUAGCAAUGCAUCGUCUGACCUGACAAUCAAAGGAGACGGCAAGGCCAUCAUCAGAGGCAACGAAGGCGUCUUCAUCAUGGGAAAGACAGUAGAGUUCAGGAUGGGUGGUGAUAUUGAGCUCAAGGCUGAGAACAACAUUAUCCUUAACGGCUCUGUGAUGUUCAGUCCAUCCCGUAUUCCAAACACCUCCCUGGGAAGCGAGCUGUACUUCGACGAGGGUCUGGAGAGGUAUAAGCUGUGUAUGUGUGCAGAUGGGACCCUCUUCAGAGUUCAGGUCAAAUAUUCCAACAUGGGCUGUCAAACCUCAAACAACCCCUGUGGAGCAGCUCACUGAGUGAUGGGGGACACCACUGCAAAUUUGCAUACACUCAACACACACAUACCAUACACAGAGACACAAACACACACAUCCCUCCAUACAGCAAAAAUAUAAAGACAAUGCAAGGAAAUAGUUUUUUUUUUUUUUUCAAUUCUAUCAGUUACUAUCAAUUUUUAACUGAGAAAUAAAUUCAGUAAGUAAUCUUAUCUAAAAAAGAAAGCAGUAAAACAGCAAAGAAACAAAAGAAUAUGAUUUUCAUAAGCUGUUGGUAUACUGUAUCCCAUUAAAAUGGCUCAUUCUAAAGGUGCCCUGUUGUAUUUGACAUUAAAAUGUGUGUUAUUUGUUAAACAAAAUCCAAUAUUUAACUUUAACUAUGAGAAAUGACAAAUCAGCUCUAUUAUUCACAGCGAGCAGCUUACGAUGAGUUUCAUCCACAGACAGAACACUAAGAAAUACUCAUAUGUACUGACAGACCUUUCCGCCUUAUGGUGUGUGUUAAUCACAGACACACACACAACUUUGCUGUUUCUGAAACUGGCACAUACACAUGUACAUUUUAAUUCCUCAUAACCAUAAACCUCGUCAUACACAAACUCUCCUCUUUUUAUUAUGUAAUGAUUUGGCCAAAGAGCUCUUUGUGUUUUAUCAAUAAAGAUAUCGUUGUUAGAUUGUGGUUACGAAAUCAAAAAUCAGAAGACAUUGUAGAGUCACCACAUUUUGUUGGGAGAAAGCUGAAAAAUCAAGAAGCUCAUGUUUUUUGUAAAAAGAUAUCAUGCUUAAUAUGAGCAGUUAACCUUAAAGUAAAUAAAAGGUCAAUAUAUUUUUACAGACCUCGAGAGGUUUGACCUUUAGCUUUCACUCUGUGCAGAACGUUGUUUUGUUUUAUAUAUUUUUUUUUUAAUGAAGGAUACAUGAUAUUUAUAUCUUGGGCAGUAUUACAAUGGUUUUAACCAAGCCUUAUAUUUUUUCAGACAUAGUUUAGCCUAAAUUUUAGUUCAAGGACAAGAACAUUUUCUCAAGGACUGUUUUAAACAUCUAAAAUGUCUGGACAUACUUUAUCUUGUAUCAAGUAGGAUGUCGGAUUUGCAAUAUCAAUUAAAUCUGCACUGUGUUCCACAGUAUGAAAGAAUCAGAAGAGCAGAAGUUGUUAUGGGUGUAUUUUUGAACGGAUUAUAGUAUUCAAAGUGGUCUUGUUACCACUGUAGAGAUUUUAACACAUUUAUUGCAAUGCUUUGUUGACUUAAUGUGCUUCAUAUAACUGUUUGUGUCAUUAUGACUUCAAAACAAUCUAACCAAAUAUUGUUUUUCAGGUUUUUAAUAGAAAACUUUAAUAAGCAUGGCUAAGCAUCUCCGUCCUGAAACUCUGAAAGGUCAAUGGCCGAUCGCCUUUAACACUGAUGUUUCAUAUAUAUAUUUGAAGUGUGUUGAGUUAAAAGUGCCAAACUAAUUUAAAGUGUUACAGAUUGCCAUUUUAGAUUCUCAAAUUACCAUUUUGUGCUGAAAAUCAGGCAUGAAUGCAAUUCAGUUUGAUGAUGGAGUUUUUGUCAGCCGAUAUGAAGGUGUGAUUUAAAUAAUAUUUUUUGAUAAGAUAAAAGCAAAAAAUAGGAUGAUAUAUUUGAGUUGUUUGUUACUGUGUGCAAUAUAAUGUUUAAUCACUCAUAUGAGUCCCAGUGUUCAUGUUUGGUAUUUAUUUGAACUUUUGUUUUAUAUCUUGUUGAAGUUCUGAAGUGUUCAUAUGGUGGUCAUACUGCAUUUUUACUAAUGGACAUUAAAUCUGCAUCACCUUUAUAUCAUUUGAUUUAUCUUAUUUUGA